AUGCCACUUAUUGCUGAAAUCCAAUACAGAUGCGGCGAAGUGCCACCAUUGAAUGAAAUUUAUAUAAAUUUUAUUUUACACAAAAACUGUUUCGAUUGUGGAGGUAUUUACAGAUUAUGUGGACUGAGUGCAGUCAGAAAAUUUUGGAAUAAUUUAUAUAUUAUACUUGGUAAGAUAAUUUAAUUUUUGAUACGUAAUUUAUUGGUUUUUUGAUAGAUUUUUGCUUUCAGAUCUCAGGAUGGUGAUGCUAAAGGUAUUGAGAAAGCAAAAGAUGCGAGAGCACCAGAUUCGAGUACUGAUUUUGGGAUUGGAUUGCUCAGGGAAAACGACGAUAAUGAAACGAUUAGAAGGGGAAGACUACAUGGAGGUAAGUAUAACCUAGCAUCAGCUACUGGUUCUAUUUUUAUUGCUGAUCUGUUUAGGUCGCUCCAACAUUUGGGUUUAAUAUAUCAACCCUGGAAUUUCGGCAAUGGAAACUUAAUUGUUGGGACAUUGGAGGUCAAAGCUCGUUGCGGUCGUAUUGGAGAAACUAUUUCGAGCACACAGAUGCUCUUGUUUACGUCGUCGAUUCUACUGAUGUCUUGAGAUUAAAGGAGGCUCGUCAAGAAUUGGAUAAAUUACUAAAUGAGCAGUGUUUGGUUGGUGUAACACUUCUAAUAUUGGCGAACAAGCAAGAUAUUGCCGGUUCAUUGACUGCGGAGGAUAUUCAGAGGGUAAGUAUAGCUCUCUCUUUAUUAUUAUUUUAAGUUUAUGGCCUUUUUGCUUUCGUAUUUACUGCAUUUUGGGAUUUUUUAUUUAAUUUUGGAAUUGUUUUAUAGUACAAUAUAAGAAGCAUAAAUUUUCUUUAGGAAAUGAAGCUGGAAGAAAUAAAAUACCACCACUGGAAGAUCUUCGACUCAUCAGCGUACACCGGACAGAAUUUAAUCGAAGCUUUUCAAUGGAUGUGCGAGGAUGUUGAUCAGCGGAUAAGACUGCCUGACUAA